AUGCCGGUGUUCCACACGCGCACGAUUGAGAGCAUCCUGGAGCCCGUGGCGCAGCAGAUCUCGCACCUGGUGAUCAUGCACGAGGAGGGCGAGGUGGACGGCAAAGCCAUCCCCGACCUCACCGCGCCCGUGGCCGCCGUGCAGGCGGCCGUCAGCAACCUCGUCCGGGUUGGGAAAGAGACUGUUCAAACCACGGAGGAUCAGAUUUUGAAGAGAGAUAUGCCACCAGCAUUUAUUAAAGUUGAAAAUGCUUGCACCAAGCUUGUCCAGGCAUCCCAGAUGCUUCAGGCAGACCCUUACUCAGUGCCUGCUCGGGAUUAUCUAAUUGAUGGGUCGAGGGGCAUCCUCUCCGGCACAUCGGACCUGCUCCUCACCUUCGAUGAGGCUGAGGUUCGCAAAAUUAUUAGAGUUUGCAAAGGAAUUUUGGAAUAUCUUACAGUGGCAGAGGUGGUAGAAACUAUGGAAGAUUUGGUCACUUACACAAAGAACCUUGGACCAGGAAUGACUAAAAUGGCCAAGAUGAUUGACGAGAGGCAGCAGGAGCUGACGCACCAGGAGCACCGAGUGAUGCUGGUGAACUCAAUGAACACCGUCAAAGAGUUGCUGCCAGUUCUCAUUUCAGCUAUGAAGAUUUUUGUAACAACUAAAAACUCAAAAAGCCAAGGAAUAGAAGAAGCUUUGAAAAAUCGCAUCUAUACUGUAGAAAAGAUGAGUGCUGAAAUUAAUGAGAUCAUUCGUGUAUUACAACUCACUUCUUGGGAUGAAGAUGCCUGGGCCAGCAAGGACACUGAAGCCAUGAAGAGAGCAUUGGCCUCCAUAGAUUCCAAACUGAACCAGGCCAAAGGUUGGCUCCGCGAUCCCAGUGCCUCCCCAGGGGAUGCUGGUGAGCAGGCCAUCAGGCAGAUCUUAGACGAAGCUGGGAAAGUCGGUGAACUCUGUGCAGGCAAAGAACGCAGAGAGAUCCUGGGAACCUGCAAAAUGCUAGGGCAGAUGACUGACCAAGUGGCUGACCUCCGAGCCAGAGGACAAGGAGCCUUGCCCGUGGCCAUGCAGAAAGCCCAGCAGGUGUCGCAGGGUCUGGACGUGCUCACAGCCAAAGUAGAGAACGCAGCCCGCAAACUGGAGGCCAUGACAAACUCAAAGCAGAGCAUUGCCAAGAAGAUCGAUGCUGCCCAGAACUGGCUGGCAGAUCCAAAUGGUGGACCAGAAGGAGAAGAACAGAUUCGAGGGGCUUUGGCUGAAGCUCGAAAAAUAGCAGAAUUAUGUGACGAUCCUAAAGAGAGAGAUGACAUUCUACGUUCUCUUGGAGAAAUAGCUGCUCUGACUUCUAAAUUAGCAGACUUACGAAGACAGGGGAAAGGAGAUUCCCCAGAGGCCCGAGCACUGGCCAAGCAGGUGGCCACUGCCCUGCAGAACUUGCAGUCCAAAACCAAUAGGACUGUGGCCAAUAGCAGACCUGCCAAAGCAGCGGUCCACCUUGAGGGCAAGAUUGAGCAAGCACAGCGGUGGAUUGAUAAUCCCACAGUGGACGACCGGGGAGUCGGUCAGGCUGCCAUCCGAGGGCUCGUGGCCGAAGGCCAUCGUCUGGCUAAUGUCAUGAUGGGGCCGUAUCGUCAAGAUCUUCUUGCAAAGUGUGACAGAGUGGACCAGCUGACCGCCCAGCUGGCUGACCUGGCUGCCAGAGGGGAAGGGGAGAGCCCCCAGGCAAGAGCGCUGGCAUCGCAGCUCCAAGACUCCUUAAAGGAUCUGAAAGCCCAGAUGCAAGAGGCCAUGACUCAGGAGGUAUCAGAUGUUUUCAGCGAUACCACAACUCCCAUCAAGCUGCUGGCUGUGGCGGCCACUGCACCUCCUGAUGCACCCAACAGGGAAGAGGUGUUUGACGAGAGAGCAGCUAACUUUGAGAACCAUUCAGGAAGGCUUGGUGCCACGGCCGAGAAGGCAGCUGCUGUUGGAACUGCUAAUAAGUCAGCAGUGGAAGGCAUUCAGGCUUCAGUGAAGACAGCCCGGGAACUCACGCCCCAGGUCGUCUCUGCCGCUCGCAUCCUGCUCAGGAACCCCGGAAACCAAGCCGCCUACGAACAUUUUGAGACCAUGAAGAACCAGUGGAUCGAUAAUGUUGAAAAGAUGACAGGGCUGGUGGACGAAGCAAUCGAUACCAAAUCCCUGUUGGAUGCUUCCGAAGAAGCCAUUAAAAAAGACCUGGACAAGUGCAAAGUGGCCAUGGCCAACAUUCAGCCUCAGAUGCUGGUCGCUGGGGCAACCAGCAUUGCUCGCCGGGCCAACAGGAUCCUGCUGGUGGCGAAGAGGGAAGUGGAGAACUCUGAGGACCCCAAGUUCCGGGAGGCCGUGAAAGCCGCCUCCGACGAACUGAGCAAAACCAUCUCCCCGAUGGUGAUGGACGCGAAAGCUGUGGCUGGAAACAUCUCUGACCCCGGCCUGCAAAAGAGCUUCCUGGACUCGGGAUACCGGAUCCUGGGAGCGGUGGCCAAGGUCAGAGAAGCCUUCCAACCCCAGGAGCCUGACUUCCCACCUCCUCCGCCAGACCUUGAGCAGCUCCGCCUGACAGAUGAGUUUGCUCCUCCCAAACCGCCCCUGCCUGAGGGGGAGGUCCCGCCGCCCAGGCCCCCACCGCCAGAGGAGAAGGAUGAAGAGUUCCCCGAGCAGAAAGCCGGGGAGGUGAUUAACCAGCCGAUGAUGAUGGCGGCCCGGCAGCUCCACGAUGAAGCUCGCAAGUGGUCCAGCAAGGGCAAUGACAUCAUUGCAGCAGCCAAGCGCAUGGCUCUGCUGAUGGCUGAGAUGUCUCGGCUGGUGAGAGGAGGCAGUGGUACCAAGCGGGCAUUGAUCCAGUGUGCCAAGGACAUCGCCAAGGCCUCAGAUGAGGUGACUCGGUUGGCCAAGGAGGUUGCCAAGCAAUGCACAGAUAAGCGGAUUAGAACCAACCUCUUACAGGUGUGUGAGCGAAUCCCAACCAUAAGCACCCAGCUGAAAAUCCUGUCCACAGUGAAGGCCACCAUGCUGGGCCGGACCAACAUCAGUGACGAGGAGUCUGAGCAGGCGACGGAGAUGCUGGUCCACAACGCCCAGAACCUCAUGCAGUCCGUGAAGGAGACUGUGCGAGAGGCCGAAGCAGCUUCAAUCAAAAUUCGAACGGAUGCUGGAUUUACACUGCGCUGGGUUAGGAAGACUCCCUGGUACCAGUAG